UUAAUAGCUGAGUAUCGAUAUUAAAAUAAGGCAGUAAAUAAUCAUUGUUGUUAAGAUGAAAAUUAAUUUAAUAUUAACUGUUGUUGUUUUGAGUAUUGUAAAUGGAGCAAGGUCAGACGACAUGUAUGAGUCAGAACACUUCCCACCUUGUCAUAGAUGGAUUAAAUGCAGUGGACAGGAUCAAGUCGCACUUGAUGAGUUUGAUGGAUGCUUAGAUAAGGUACCAGAAGAGAAAAUGAAAAAGUUUCUAAAGAUGAUGGCAGAUUUCGCCAAAGAAGAAUGGUCAGACUUAGAUGAAGCAUAUAAUGAAUACUGUGUCUGGGAUGAAGUACGACAG